CCGCGCCACUGAACUUCCGCCGCUACCCCCCGACUUUCAUGGCCGGCACGAGCUCCUCCUUCGCGCCGCGCGCCGCCGGGCUCUCCCGGGGACUCCGGGUCUCCGGAGCCCCGCUCUCCGUCCGGAUCCCGACGCGGUGCCGCGGGAUCGCCACCUGCAAGCCGGGCGAGCUCGGCCUCGCCGCCGAGGCCCCGUCCUGCAUCUACGUCGGCCCCAUCGAGACGGCCAGCAAGGAGACGCUCGAAGCUCUCUAUCGUCAGGCACGAGAUGCGUACUACAGCGGCAAGCCUCUCAUAGUCGACGACAUGUUUGAUCGAGUGGAGUUAAAACUCCGGUGGUACGGGUCCGAUUCGGUUGUCAAGUAUCCUCGCUGCAGUCUCAGGCGACAAUCGGUGUAUGCAGAUGCAGAGGAAGAUUUGUCUCAGGCUUUUGCCCUUGCCAUCAUAUGGAUUCUGUUUCUGGCAUUUGGAGGCUCGGCAUUUAUCGUGCCAGUAGUUUACACUGUUGGUCUGGCUUAUCAAGAUCCAUUUAACUCGGGGAUUUACCAUGGCACACAAGGCUCUGCACUAGGAUUUCUCUCUGCGGUUAAUGGCUUUCUUCUCAUGGCAUCAGGAUCACUUGUUGGAUAUCCAAUCGUUUCAGCUUCUGUUGGAGCACUUCUGGGCUUGUGGAGGAAAGACUUGGUAGCUUUGAAAGGGGCUUGUCCAAAUUGUGGAGAAGAGGUUUUUGCAUUCGUGAGGUCAGACAAAUCUAGUAGCUCACCUCAUAGAGCUGAUUGUCACGUUUGUGAAAGCACUUUAGAGUUCCGCACCAAGAUUGAGCAACCUGUCUCAAUAUUAGGCAGACGAUGGGUUUAUGGUCGUGUAUACCUUGUUGCUCGGAGAGGCAGGACUCGACGCCAAAGAUGCAUCUGAAAUGUUUUCCAAGGCAUAUCCGAACUGUCAUUGCAUUUUGUACAGCGCCGGAAUUUCUUCAUUUAUGUCCAGGUUGGCGGGGUACGUCGAAAUUGGCUUACCUUAAAAG